UCUUUUAUAGAACCAUAAAAAUUCUAACCGUCCAUCCUGCCCAAAACAGCGACAGAGUCAAAAUCUUUGGAAAACUGAAAAUCACCGGAACUUUCGAGGUCCAAGGGGACUUGGAAGUGUGGGGAGCCAUCACCAUCAAUGGGUAUCUAAAGUGCAAAACUCUGACAGCAUACGCGUCCAUAACUACCGUCGGUGACCAGUCUUGGUAUCAGACUGAGCAGGGCGAGACGGUCCAUGGUGCUAAGCUUAUCCAGAGGACUAACUAUGAGGGAUAGAAAGUUCAUUGGAUGUAUUCCUUACUUUUUUUCCUCGGUCGCUUUUUCCACUUUCUUUUAUUCUUCUUAGACGCUGGAAGACUUUUUUGUGUUAGACCUGGUAUACCGUGUGUUAUUGUUGGUUGUUUUCAUUUCCUAGUCCAUGGGCUUGGUGUUCGUUGUUGCAGUUGUCAUUCCGGCCACCUUCACUUGUUUCCUAUCCUUCGUUCUUUUCCUCUCGCGGUUAUCUCAUUUAGACUUUGAAGAUGGAGUAGAGGCAACAUGAUGUGAGCGGCGCGCAGGAUCAAUUGUUUGGAAAGGAAGUCUUUUUCCUUUUCGGUUUUGUUUUUCAUCUACAUGUUUAUGUCAUCAGCUAGAGGUACAGUCGAGAUUCUGAUGGGUGGAUUCGAUAGAUAUUUAGAGGGACAAAAUCAACAACGCUCGUUUACACGGGCCGUGCUUGAACAGCUGAGGCAAUCAUGACGAUAACCACUGGGGGAUCUACUGUCAAUGAUGGGUUGGGGGAACAGCAGUCUUUCCUUGGCUCGCUUGGUCACUUGCAGAACCAACCAACUUUGACCAUCAACCAACAAAAAGGGAGCCAAAACUGGAGGGAGACCAACAACCUUGAGUUCAAAAAAAGGCGAAUAAAUUGUUUACAAAAC